UUAAAAACAUCCACAUUGUUCCGUCCAUCAGUAACAUCUGGUUAUCAAACCGGGUCAAUUCUCCUGUUUUUCGGCACAUUUUUUAUUCUCCUCCAUCCCCGGGGAGGACAGAAAUCAAAGUUUAUAGUUCUUUCUUGCGUGAACUCAAAACCCGAACAUGCCCAGCAAGAGGAAGAAGAACAAGCGCCGCAUGAGAAGGGUGCAGGCCCAGAGGAGAGUCCUUGAGGAGCAGCAUUCUACUGGCGCAGGCAAAGGAACCCCAGGAGUGGCUGCCGUGGCACCCCCCCUUGAAAUAUUAAAUUGUCCCCCCCUUCUCUCACCCCCUCCAGUAGUAAAGGUACCAGUCGUAAAGCCCCCUGAAAUAUCCAAUUGUCACCCCCUUAUUCCCCCCACUAUAGUAGUAAAGGUCCCACUCGUACAGCCACCGGCCCCAGUCAAAGUACCUGAGGCUGUGGUGACGGUGGUAGAGCCUGAAGUGGUAGCAGCUGAGAUUGAAGUUGAGACCCCAGUCGAAGCUCCAGUGGAGGUUGAAGUCGAGACCCCAGAAGAAGUUCCAGAAGAAGUCCCAGUCGAGGCCCCAGAAGAAGUUCCAGUCGAGGCCCCAGAAGAAGUCCCAGUCGAGGCCCCAGAAGAAGUCCCAGUCGAGGCCCCAGAAGAAGUCCCAGUCGAGGCCCCAGAAGAAGUCCCAGUCGAGGCCCCAGAAGAAGUCCCAGUCAAGGCCCCAGAAGAAGUCCCAGUCGAGGCCCCAGAAGAAGUCCCAGUCGAGGCCCCAGAAGAAGUCCCAGUCGAGGCCCCAGAAGAAGUCCCAGUCGUAGAAGCAGAAGCUCCUGUUGAGCCCCCUACAGAAGAAACUGCAGCAGGGCAGGAAGUUGAAGAAAGCAUAAUUCCAGAAACUGAGCCAGUAACUGAGGCCAUACCCAUUCCUGAGGCCCCUGUGUCAGCUCUUGCUGAAUUUAAGGUCUCAAACUCCGUAGCCAUUACCACAGAGAUCGCACAGACUCAUGAUGAGCCGUGGCUCGAGGCUGAAGUGGAGGCUGAAAUAGUUGACGAGGUCCAAGCGAAAGUAGAGGCAGUAGUAGAGGAAGAACCAGAGCCCGAUCCCAUGGUCAAGGCCGAAGCUGCCCCAGUUGGAGAAGCUGAACUUGAACUGUCGGGAAUCAAAGACGGAGACAGUCCUAUCGUCAAAGCUGGAGCCAUUCCUGAGGAUAUUGAUGUAGAAGAGCAUGAGACUGUUAUGACAGAGGCACCUGAAGAGGUUCCAGUGGAGACAGAAAUGAUCCCAGAAAAGCUGUGGAAGCCCGUGGAAGCACCGAUUGAAGAAGCCCCCGUAGCCGAGGUCGCUCCAGCAGAGCUCCUCGUAGAGGCCUCAGUAGACCCUGUCAUCAACACAAUGGCUGACUUUGCCAUCACAGAAUCUGUUCCCGUUGUGGAAGCAGCCAUGGCUGAACAGGUGUCCGCAGUCUCAACGGAUUCACUUGACGCCCUAUCGGAGUUGCUGAACGACAUCACUCUAGUCACUGAGCCCGCCCCUGUCACAGCUGAUAAAGUAAUUGACGAGCCAGAGUGUGAGGAGAAAGAGGUGACAGAGAUGAGGGUGAGAGACGAUGUACUUCCACCCAAUUACCGGCCCUGCUCGGAGGACCUGCUGGCUAAAGAGGAAAUUGGAGCCCAGAUGGAAAUCGAGGCUAAAAAGGAUGCCAUAGAUGAGAAGACGGUCCUUGACGUCAUCUCUGGAGAUUUAUCUGCCCCCCACCCUGUUAUCUCAGAACUGCAGUGUCACACGCAGCUCGCCGCCCCCAAGGAUAUCCCAACAGAGGCAGUGCUGAAUGGACAGAUGGCAGCUGAGGUGGCCAUUGAGGGAUAGAUCUCUAUGGAUUUCCUCAGUCAGUAUGAAGGACUAAAGAGAGCCUGACAGUGAGCCGACCAGCGAACUUUACUUUUCAUUUUUUAGGGCUUAAAGGAACCGCUGGGAAAUUUGACAGACAUCCAACACUCAGUGCCUUUCUUGUUUGGGUUCUUACAAAAAAAAUAUUAAACAAGUUUAAAAUGCAAUAUGAAGGUGGGGGAAUAAGACUUUUUUGUUGUUGAUCAGAAUGUGACAAUUUGGAAUAAACAAAUGAUGGCUUUCAUAGAUUUCUGUAUCCCAUUGCAUAUAUUGUGGAUUUGCCUCAAUUGUAAAUGGCAUGCAUUGUGUAUGAAUACUGUAGAAUUAAUGAAUGUGGCAAUGGCUUGUCUUCACGUUUGUAUGGAUGAGAGGGAUUAAUUCCUUGUACACGUUUCCUGUUUUAACCUGGUUUGAUUCCUUUUUGUGAAGGGACAGUAUGGCAGUUUGUACAGUACCAUAGCUACCCCCUCUUCUCCCUAUCCCCAUUGUGGUUCUUUUGUUUUUUUUCAGGGACUGUAUGAUGACAGCUCCACCGUCUUUACUGUGUAGUGUCAGUGUGUCUACAGUCCCAAGUCUGUCCUGGGCAAUGUGAAAUGGUGUGUAGUUUUAGGUCCUCUGACCAGAUGCUCUUAACAUUUAAUUACCUAUGCUGCCAAUUGAAAAUAGAGUACGGGGGCCUGUAGAUCCUGUUUUUAGUGUUUCUUUUCUUUUUCUGUUUUGUAUAGACCAUAUGAUGUGGUACGACCACUGUUUGUGUUCAGUUACGUGCUCUGGAAGAGACCAUGGAGUUGUCAUGUAAUUGAGGAGCUGGGUUGGAUUUCAUUCACCUUUUUGAAUAAAGAUGUUACUCACCAA